AUGAGACCAGUACCUUUUAAUGAUUAUUAAUCAAAUUAAACUAUAGCUCACGAAGUGUUGCUGGAGUAAAAGGAUGCUAUCAAGGCAAGGAAAGAGUCUGAGAUACACGACGAUGAGAGUCACAACGAGGAGGAUGUCAAUCAUGGUGAAUAUGACGAUGAUGACAAAGACUUAGAGGAGUUUGAUAAGGAAUCAAAGUUGGAGCACAGGUACUUUGAUGCUGAUUAGAAUGCCUUUAUUGAGGAAGUUGGAGAUGAGAAUGGAAAUGGCUACUAUCAAAAGAAGAUUAUCAAAAAUGGUCCUGGGUUUUAAUCAGUGACUAUAGUAUCACGAGGAGGUGGUGGAAUGGGUGGACCUGGAAUAGGGAUAGGAUUACCAGGGUUAAGUAUAGGGAUGCCUGGACCAGAUGAUAUACUUGGAGCUAUCUUAGGUGAUGUUCUUGGUGCGUUUUAAAUGGAAGAUGAUGAUCCUUAGCAGAAUGAUGGUUCAGAUCAAUAAUAGCAAUAGUAGUAGCAAGACUUAUUCAAUCCUCUAGAGUAAAUGGCAAGGAUGAUGGCUAUGGCAUAGUAGUAAAGAAUGAUGAUGAUGCAGAACGCAUUCAGAGCAGCUUUUGAUGAUUCCCCUUCUUAAUAGCAAUAACCACAGCCAGGUGAAUAAUUGGAUCACGCAAUGGUUCCGUCACUCAAAAAGGCUGAUUCAGAGGAAUAAUCCAAACAAUAGUAAAAAGCAGAGGAUGAUGAAGAUAACUCAUGGCAAGAGAAUGUCACUCCUUAAAAUGAAGAAGCAGUAAAUAAAAAUUAGAGAAGAAUGGAGGAGAUUGCCAAGUCUUAGUAGAAGAUUAAGAAUGAUUCGCUAAAAGGCAAAAAUGAUCCCUUGGGAACAAGAUUUUCACCAAUAAGCGAGAAGGAAAAGUCGAAGAGAAUAAAGAACGCUAUGGUCCUCUCUGCAAUUGCAUUUGUGGUGUUAUUCGGAGCAUUAGUCUUCUUCCUUUUAAGUUGCAGGAUGAAUGCUAAUAACGUCAAGAAAGUUAAUGAUGGAAAUUAAAAUCAAACCGAGUCUGCCGAGUAAACUCAGCUAUAGAUAGAUGAAUUCCAAAAGAAGAGCCUUAAUAAAAACGAUUGA